AUGGUAUCGAUCCGAAACGCAACGGCAGAUGAUCUCCUACAAGUGCAAAACUCGAAUCUCUGGUGUUUGCCAGAGAAUUAUCAGAUGAAGUACUAUUACUAUCAUAUCAUGACGUGGCCACAGCUGCUUUAUGUGGCUGAAGAACGUGGUGGCAAGAUCGUUGGCUACGUGCUGGCCAAAAUGGAAGAGGAAGCGUCAGUGCCCCAUGGCCACAUUACAUCAUUGGCCGUGCUACGCACGCACCGCAAGUGCGGCCUUGCUACAAAGCUCAUGCAGGCUGCCCAGCGUGCUAUGGUAGAGAGUUUUGGAGCCGAGUACGUGUCGCUGCACGUCCGUGAGGGUAAUGUCGCAGCUAUUCACCUGUACCGCAUCACACUCAAGUACCAGGUGUAUGACAUUGAAAAGGGAUAUUAUGCUGAUGGGGAGGACGCCUAUGAUAUGCGCAUGCCGUUUACGGAAAAGUGUCAGCAGGCAUUUGCCUCGCAAGUAAACCGGUACAAGAAGGUCCUGGCAGAGAAGGAGGCUAAGGCUGCUGAGGAAGCUGCUGCCUUAAUUGCUUGA